UCUAUUGGUAACAUUGCAAAUGAAGUUGAUAAACAAUUGUAUAAAAACAUCGAAGAAUGCCGAAACAUCUAUAGUUUGUUACUACAACUUAACACCAACAGUUCGUAUACGUUUAUUUAUAUUCCGUUUUCUGUGAAUUUGAUUAAGUCUUUUACAUACUGAGUUAAUUUAUUGCUCAUUCCUUUCACAGCAAAUAUGAAGUUCCUGUUGGUAGCUGUCGCUUUAGUGUCCGUGGCUGUGGCCGGGCCCACUCGCUUCGUGAACCCCGGAGCCGCUGGCGCAGCCCCCAUAAUCCCAGGCCCUACACCCGUGCUCGUACCUGAAGUUGCCCCCGAGCCAAUCCAAGUUGGACCCGCUGUCAUCGACCAAUUCCAGCCCAUCCAAGUUGGACCCGCUCUCAUCGACCAAUUCCAGCCUAUCCAGGUUGGACCCGCUGUCAUCGACCAAUUCCAGCCUAUCCAAGUUGGACCCGCUGUCAUCGACCAAUUCCAGCCUAUCCAAGUUGGACCCGCUCUCAUCGACAAUUUCGAACCCGCUCCCGCUCCCUCUCCAGUACUCUCACCAGCUGCAGUCCCCUCGGCCCAAACUCCACUCGUCCAAAUCAUCUUGAACAUCAAUCAGGCCCAGGCUGAAGUCCAAGCUCCAGAGGUCGCGCCUUCGCCUGUCGCUGUCGGCCCUAUCGCUCCAUCUCCCGUCAUCGUCGUAGAUCCGAGUGAGGUGCCCGUCGCUCCUUCUCCAGUCAUCAUUGGCACCCCUGAGUUGCCAGCCCCGAUUCUGCCUUCUCCCGUAGUGAUCGGCACACCUCAGUUGCCUACCCCCGUUGUGCCUUCUCCAGUCGCGAUCGGCACCCCUCAAUUACCCUCUCCCGUUGUGCCCUCGCCUGUCAUCAUUCCCAGCCCCGUCAUGCCCUCCCCCGCCGUUGUUCUUCCCGAAAUCCUCAAUUAAAAUUUGUGCAAUCGUUAAUUCACUCACCUAUAGCCAAUUGUAGCAUAUAAGUUUUUCAAAUGGGUUAAAAGGUUUCUGCUAAGAUCUUGAAACGCAUGACCAGCCAAUUGUGUUUCUUCUUAUUUCAAUUGCAAUGUAAGUAAUAAACAGAUAACGUGAUAUAAAAAUUGUUUUUUAUUCUUUCCUCAUUUGUAAAUGGAUAUCCGUACUAAAACAUUUUCGGAGUUGAGACACCAAGC